AUGCGGUGCUUGUCUCUUCUCUCGUCUGCCCUCAUGGGCUUUACGCUGGCAGCGACCGUCUCUGCUACCCCGGUCCCUCCCCAGAAUGCACCCGUCAUCGAGGACAACGAUCCCGACUUGGUUUACCAGGUCAAGCUUCUUGACAAAGACAACACGACCGUCACUGGUCAAUUCACUGCCUGGGCUACCAAGGUUGGAGUCGGCAUCAAGAUUCAUGCUGAAGUCUCGGGCCUCCCCAACGGAGAUCUUCAUUACCCCUAUCAUAUCCACGAAAAGCCCGUUCCCGAGGAUGGCAAUUGCUACGCGACCGGUGCCCAUCUUGACCCUUACAAGCGUGGCGACGACCCUCCUUGUGACAUCAAGGCGCCGCAGACCUGCCAGGUCGGCGAUCUGAGCGGCAAACACGGUCCCAUAUUCGCUCCGGACGAUGAGACUUACGAAGUCUUCUACACCGACUACUAUCUCUCGAACCAGGAAGAAGACCCUGCCUUCUUCGGUAACCUGUCCAUCGUCGUUCAUGCACCCAACAAUACCCGGCUGAACUGCGGCAACUUUGUGCCCUUGAAUUCCCUCAAGAGUGAGGAAUCUGAACAGCCCGAGGAGCUUCAACCCGAGGAACUUGAGCCUGAGAAAUCAGAGGACUGA